UUAUAUUGCGUAGAAAAAUGUAAUAGAUUAGUUUGGACUUUCGUCUUUGAGCACAUACUCGUAGGUCACUGUUCUUUACUUUAUUCAUACCUACCUAAUCGGCAGAAGUUUUACUUUAAUCGAGAACAUUUCAAGUGUGGUGAAGAUGAAUUGUUCAAGUGCGUUGAAUAUUUUCAGAAGGUCUACACGACUUUCUCAAAGGAAUUUUUUCACCCAUCCACAAUAUAAACAUUUAAUGGAGCCAUUCAGUGCAACGUAUCCCCAUUUGAAGAAACUUCUUGUGGAAAAUGUGGAAGGAGAAGGACCUAAGCGCGUUAUUGGUGAAAUGCUGGAUUACAUAAUGGAUUCCGGUCGGUUUUUACGGGCUGCAAUAACUCUCAAAGUUCACGAGGUGAUGAAGUUACCGCAUCCUGAACCUGAACCCAAAACGAUGCACACUGCUCAUGCUAUGGCGUGGAUUUCUGAACUGGUACAGAUACCAGCUAUUAUCGAGGAUGACAUAGCGGAUAAUUCUUCAUUGAGAAGAGGUAAAGCGCCCUAUCAUGUGGGCAGAUCUCUGGUACACUGCUUGGUAGUAAGCCGAUGGUUAACUGCAUCACCCCAUUUGUUACUGAAUGAUUGGAUGGGGGAAUAUCCAUUCUUCAAAUCGGCUUCAAAAGUAUUAACUGAAUGUAGUCUAAUUUCAAGCAAUUUGCAACUAAUUGAAUCAGCAGUACAUGAAUCGGAGCUUAUCAAUCUUCUCAGAAGUAAAAAUAUACCGUGGGAAUAUUAUAAACACUACUCUACCUAUAAUAGUUAUUACUGCACCGUACUUCCAUUUCGACUUGCAGCUUACGCGGCCAGAAGAUCUGAAUUACCUUUUAACGAUGAGAUACACGACAUCUUGAAAGAUAUAGCUCAGCUCUUAAAACUUUAUAACGAUGGUGUCGCAUUGGCUAUUGGCGGUGCAGCCCCACCUGGUAAAGAUUUGGAUGAAGACAUAAAAGAGAAGAAAUUCACUUUUACAUUAACGUACUUGAUGAAUACUGCGACGGAUGAAGAUAAAGAUUUCAUAGUGAAUAACUAUGGUGAUGUUGAGACAACGCGCAAACUGAUGGAAAAAUAUAAGAUUGCAGAAGGAUUUGAGCAGUACAGAAAUGACUUAUCAAAAUCAAUCAAUACAAAAAUUGAACGCGUCUCAAACGAACAUAAACUUCAAGAUGGCUUAAUAGCGGUUCACGAUACUGUAAACCAAUUUCUUUCAAGGAAGGUGUCAAAAAUUAAAGUGGAUUUCUGAGUAAACGAAUCAUUAAAUUUUAGUCAAGUUGCAAUAACAAUAGUACCUAGUGCAUUUACCCAAAGAUGAAUAACUGACGUACCUUUGUUAGGGGUGAAAAAAAAUCGCUAAUAUAUUACUUACUGCACA